AAUAACAUUUCUUCUGUAUUUGGAAAGAAUCCUGAAGUUUGGGAUAUUGAGUAUUGUUUUGAAUUUAAAGAAUAUCCUAGAACUUCAGAGAUAGGUGUAGCAACUGUUUAUAAUGUUGAUG